AUGGCAUCUCCCCCUACCUCGGAGCAGCGCUCGUACAAGCAAGCUACGGGACGUUUCAAGCUUCUCUGUGCCUUCGAUGCUGCGUUUCCAAGUAUCCAUACUGGUAGCUCGAAAGCCUCGAAUUCGGAGAAGGAAGAGCAGCUUGCUCGAGCCAAAAUCUUGAAGACUCUCGUAUCGAAUGCACGGGCAAAGCGUGAUCCCAAGUACCAAACGAUACACUUGGAAAAUCCAAAAAUCCAAGUCUACGUUGCAACCAACGAAGCGGCGAUGACUCUGCUGGAGACGGUAGGUUUCACCAAGAGCAACGACAAUGGCAACAGCCUUAUCUACAAGCCAACGGAAACAUCCCAUUUCCAGUUUGCAAGUCGAUUGCAGUCCAUGCUUGAUGGCAAAAUUGACCAACUGCGGAAGGCUUCAUUGGACACUGCCACCAAGGAGCAAAAGAAACACAAAUCUGCAGCCAAGGCAAGCAAGAAAGAUGCCAAGAUUGUGCGCAAGACUCAGGUACGCUUGUACCACGAAGAUCGGGAGCGCCAACGAAUGUACGGGCCAAACGGGGGACGCAAGCUCGGGUCGUCCUCCUAG